AUGGGAGAUCCCGUGGAUGCAUCGGCCGUCGCAGCCACUGCAGCGGGCAUGCUCGGUAGCUUUCCCAAUAUCAAAAUCGGUCUGGUCGUUGGCAUCGGAGGCACUGCGCCAAGUUCAAAGCACAAUUUACGGCUUGGAGAUGUUGUUGUUAGUGCUCCUCUCGAUCGUGUUGAGAGUCGUUUCCCGUAUAGGUUCGGCGAGGGAAUGCAAGAACGAAUGUUCGACAUGACGAGUUCUCUUGUCCAGCCACAGACACUUCUUCGGACUGCCGUCAACCGGCUUAAGGCGGAUUAUCAGACUGGCGGUCACAAGAUUGAAGAAAAUAUUAGCAGUGCCCUGGAGAGGUUCCCACAUUAUAGGCAGAUGUGCCGACGACCGCAAUCAACCAGCGAUGAGCUACACAAGUCUACGGUCAAUCACCCUUUAUGCACUGAAGGCGACUGCACAACCUCCUGCGGAAACGAUGUGUGGAUGUUGGUAUCGCAACCGGAACGGACUCAAGUUGAGGAUAAAAGUGUUGUCCACUAUGGCCUAAUUGCUCCCAAAGGCCAGGUGAUGAAGGACACCAUCCUCCAAGAUAUGAUCAUUAGGGAAGAAGAUGUUCUAUUUUCGGACAUGGUAGCAGCUGGGUCAAUGGAUUAUUUUCCCUGCUUAGCUAUUCGCGGCAUUUGCGGUUGUUCAGAUUCUGACAAGAAUGAAGAAUGGCGAGACUACACAGCAAUGGCGGCAGCAGCAUGUGCAUGGGAUCUCAUACAAAAUAUCUCCCUGGAACAGAUUACGCCUGAGAAAAGAAUUAUAGAUGUACGACCAAGUCGCGAGGAGGUAUAUUCCAGAUUCUCAAGAAGAGGUACGGGGACGUAA